AUUUUAUAUUCAUCUGAGCUACAGGAAACACCAUGGCGGACACAGUCGAGGAGACGAAGCAAUCUAUCGCAGGAGAGGGACAGGCUAAUGCCAAUGCGUCGCUCGGCGGAAAGGGCAGCGCAGAGAGUUCGAAGAGAAAAACGACCAACGGCAACGCCGACGACUCUGAACCCGAACUUCAACCCCAAAAAUCGCAAUCAAGGCGCCGCCAAUCUCGUGGUCGAGGCCGAAGAGGCGUUCCCGACUCCGACGCUGAAUCAGUUGCGCGAUCUGAUGUUUCCGCGAGUGGUGGCCGACGCAACCGCCAGCGCCAGCGAAAGCAGCAAGGUGGGAAGGGGGGACCCCUAGAAGGCAUUGGCGAGAACCUCCCUGGUGGAGAGCUUGUUGGUGGUGCUACCGACAUGGUCCAAAACACCGCCGGGAAUGCUGUUGGUCAAGUCGGCAAUACUGCCGGACAGGCUUUGGGAGGGCUGACUGGUGGGGGCAGUGGUGAAGAAGAGGAUUCAAAGGGCGAGCAGCUCCGGUUGAGACUAGAGCUCAACCUGGACAUCGAGAUCCAGCUCAAGGCAAAGAUCCACGGUGACCUCACUCUAGGACUGCUCAACUAAAUGUGCUGCGACGAAUCACUGCCACGUUGUCUGCAUAGCUACAUGUUUUAUUUUUGGGGGACAAUGUUCGAUCCUGUGUAAUUUUGUUGGAGUAUCUUGGGACGGUGUACGGCUCUCACAAUGUAAUUACUACCAUUUUUGCAUAGUGCAUAGAAAAAAUUACGUGACUUGAC